GGUCUGCGGCCGCCUGCCGCCGGUGUGAGGGGGCUGCCUGCUGCCGCGGAGAGAAUGGCCCCAGCGGCUCCGCCGCGCGUCCUGCGGGCCGGCUGCCUGCGCUGGGCCUGCGGCUCUCGUCCUCGCUGGCACAGCGUCGUCCGUCUCGGCCCAGGCCGCAGCCUGAGGGGCCGGCGGCUCACGUAGGCAGAGGAGCAGAAGCGCCUUCGGUGCGAAGCAGCAGCUGCGCAGCGGUUUGGAGCGACUGAAUACCGCUGAUCUGCCGAAACGCCCGUCUGAGCCCCGCUUUAGGAGGCUUAGGAUCUGCCUGUAAAGCCCCGGAGCCGCCGCCGCCGCCUCUGCCUCCCUGCGCGCUUCCCACCAUGAGCGGGGCUGUUUUCACCUCGUAAAGAUGGCGGUGCGGGAUCGCUGCAACCUUUAGCCUCAUGACUGUCAGAAACAUCGCCUCCAUCUGUAAUAUGGGCACCAAUGCCUCUGCUCUGGAAAAAGACAUUGGCCCAGAGCAGUUUCCAAUCAAUGAACACUACUUUGGAUUGGUCAAUUUUGGGAACACCUGCUACUGCAACUCGGUGCUGCAGGCGCUGUACUUCUGCCGGCCCUUUCGGGAGAAUGUUUUGUCAUACAAGGCCCAACAGAAAAAGAAGGAAAACCUCUUGACUUGCCUGGCAGAUCUUUUCCACAGCAUUGCAACUCAGAAGAAGAAAGUUGGAGUUAUUCCACCGAAGAAGUUCAUAUCAAGGUUACGAAAGGAGAAUGAUCUCUUUGACAACUACAUGCAGCAGGAUGCCCACGAGUUUUUAAACUACCUGCUCAACACCAUAGCAGACAUUUUGCAGGAGGAGAAGAAGCAGGAAAAGCAAAAUGGGAAGCUGAAGAAUGGCAACAUGAACGAGGCUGAAGAGAACAACAAGCAGGAGCUCACCUGGGUGCAUGAGAUUUUUCAGGGAACACUGACUAAUGAAACGAGAUGUUUGAACUGUGAAACUGUUAGUAGCAAAGAUGAAGAUUUUCUUGACCUGUCUGUUGAUGUGGAGCAGAACACAUCAAUUACACACUGCCUAAGAGACUUCAGCAACACAGAGACCUUAUGCAGUGAACAGAAAUACUACUGUGAGACUUGCUGCAGUAAACAAGAGGCACAGAAGAGGAUGAGAGUGAAAAAGCUGCCAAUGAUCCUUGCCUUACACCUGAAGAGGUUCAAGUACAUGGAGCAGUUGCACAGGUACACGAAGCUGUCCUACCGCGUGGUGUUCCCUCUGGAGCUGCGUCUCUUCAACACCUCCGGCGACGCUGUCAACCUGGAUCGAAUGUACGACCUGGUAGCUGUAGUUGUUCACUGUGGAAGCGGACCCAACCGAGGGCAUUACAUCACUAUCGUGAAGAGUCAUGGAUUCUGGCUCCUCUUUGAUGAUGACAUCGUAGAGAAAAUAGAUGCCCAAGCUAUUGAAGAAUUCUAUGGUCUGACAUCUGAUAUCUCAAAGAACUCAGAGUCUGGCUACAUUUUAUUCUAUCAGUCAAGAGAGUGACUCGGCCGUGGGCGACAAUUCCGCACAAAGCCGCCGCACGUGGGAGGAGCUGAAGGGUUCUCCCUCAACUGACUUCUACACAUCUUGUGUGGCUCAACAAGGAUCCACUCUGCCUCCUAUUCACUGGUCCAGACUAGAAUCAUCCUUUUUUGCCAUGCAGAACUUAGUGUUUUUGAUGGGGGGGGGAGGGAAGAAGUUGUUUGUAGCUUUUAAGUCUGAUUGCAGAGCUGACGGCAGUCAGAUUUUAGUGGCAUUUCUAUGGACUAACAUUUACAGAGAAGAAGAUUUGGAUGUCAACUGUUACAACCCAAUCCAACUAGAGCAGGCUUCUAUAUGGAAGUGCUCAGUGAAUUAUUUAGGGCAAAACUGUUUCUAAACAGCUUAUUUUUGGUGGUGGUGGGGGGAAGGGUAUUGAUUUACAGAGCAUUCCUUUAAGUACGCCCUGGUGUAUACUUACCCACUUGAAGUGUAGGGAAAACAAGAACCUGUUUGAUGCUGACUGGAGGUGUUUAGGGCCAGGCUGGAUGAGGCUGUGGGCAGCUUGAUCUAGGGUAGGGUGUCCCUGGGCAUGGCAGAGGGGUUGGAAUUGACUGAUCCUUGUGGUGCCUUCCAAUCCUGACUGAUUCUGUGAUCCCUGUGGUCCCUUCCAACCCUGACUGAUUCUAUGAUUUUAAAUGGUGGUUGUGUAGGGGAUUUUUUUUUUUCUUUCACUCUGCUGCAAAAAGAAAAAAAAAGGAAAGGAGAUAUUCUCCCAAAAUAA